CACGCACGCUGUUCCAAUGGCGUCCGCGGCGAUGUCAUCCGCGUCCGCCUUCAUCGCGGCUCGACCCACCCGGGCGCAUCAGCUCCGUCGAGAUGUGCUGCCCAUCUCGACCCGACCGGCUUCCGUCAGGAACCACGUCAGCCUCACCACCCGGGCGUUGGGCCGUAAGACGAACGACCAGAUAUCCUGACGCGUAAAGUCUCCCAUAGCCGCCAAGGUGGAUAUGGAAGAGUUCAAGGCUGGUAAGCUGAGCAAGGUGACGUUCAAGUACGGGUUCCCCCAGUACGCCAAGCCCGCGGCGGCGGCGUCCAAGCAGCUCGGCUUCAAGGUUGGCAAGGAGCACGAGACCGUGGUCAUCGUCAACACGGCGUACCUCAAGCAGGCUGCGCAGAACGCGAUGAAGUACGGGUGGGCCAAGGAGAAGCAGUCCCCGGGGGUGCAAAAGUUUAUGAGGUGACGAGACGACACAGCUGGCGGCGGCGGGCGCCCGAGCGGCGCGUGUGAAGGGACGGACGCGUGAAGCGCGGAGACGCGCGGCGCCGUCCCCGAUGUCGACCCCGCUCGGGAUUCGCGUCGCCCGUCCGCUGACCAAUCGACGAGUAGGUACGUAGAGUAAGUCUUGACGCUUAGUCGGUCGCGAGGUU